AUGGCCUCGUUGCCAAGCCCUACGCUAGUAUCACUCGAAAAGAAGCGUGCAAGAGAUCGCCGUGCCCAAAGAAACUUUCGCCACAAGAAAAAUGACCAAAUUGUCAUGCUAGAGGGUCGGCUACAAGCAUGCCACGAACAGAUAGCGAGCUACCUGGCUCGCAUUCAGGAUCUUGAAAAUAUCUGCACUCGGCAGCAGGCAGUACAACUGCUCAGAGAAAAUCCUCACGAUGUGGGGUCCAGAUGGUCAUUCCAGAUAGAUCUCCCACAUCCUAAUUGUCAAUCACAGUCUUCGCACCUGACGAACUUACCACUGUCCCAAUGCCCGUGGCAUCAUACAUCCCAGUCUUCGGAAGAGCCUUCAUGCUGCCACGCAAAUUCAAAGACAACCAAGAUUUUUCUCUCCAAUUCAGUUUAUCAGCCUACAACAGACAAGGCUGAGCAUCUUCCGCCCCAUAUUUCACACACAUCACCUCAAGAAACUAUUGCCCCUCAAUGGAGUCUCACCCCACCGCAAGGCUCUUUUAUAUGGGAUUCUUUACCGAUAUACUCCCCAUGGGGAGCAGAUCUGCAAAUGGUGCAAGAGUCCCCAGAUUUUCCAACUCCACUCGAAUUAUUAUAUGGCUCCAGGAGAAACAAACUCGCAAAUUUCAUCCAUGAUAUCUCACGCCUGUGGGGGUGCCAUGACCCUGAGCGUUUAGCCUGUGGCUGGCUUAGUUAUACUCUGGUCAAGUGGAUAGCGGAACCUACUGAGAGCCGAUUCAAGCGCAUACCAGAAUUUCUUCGACCGAUGCCGGAACAGCUUAGGCAUGCAUAUCCUGCAUGUAUCAACACCAUCGUCUUUCCCCAAUUGCGCGUUAAUCUGAUGUCUAAGCAUCAUUCAUACGACUUCAAUGAGGUAUUGGGUAUGUUAAGCUGCUGUAUCAAGGUGCGCUGGCCUUGGGGUAAAAGCUUCUUAACACCCAGUGACGAUGCCGGGCUGCAUAUAUCACCAGAAUUCUACAACACAUUCAUGAGUCUUAGUGGGUGGGGGCUAACUGGAGAAUUUAUAAAUAAAUACCCUGGGCUCUUGGAACAAAUCGACAUUGACACUGUACAUUAUCGGGUAGCGUGA